AGUGAAAGUUACCGUGGUAAAAAGUUUUCUCUCCUGUGACCAUUUGUUCUAUGUUUAUUUUUUUACAAAGUUAAAAAGCAUGAACCCUAAAAUGCUCAAGAGCCCUAGAAAUAUUUCGAUUCUUGGAGGGGUUUGAUGGCGAUCGAUCUGGUGAAGGCGGGCCAGCAGUGCCUUGGCGAGGAAGCCGAGAAUUUGCAAGGCGCCUUGGUGUAUCUGGACGAUGGAGCGCUGGAAGCGUUCCAUUUUCUAGGCGGGCUUCCAUUCUUGCUGCAGCUGGGAGCGCGGGGUGUGUGUCAGCUGGAGAAUGCGUCGGCCUGCGACGAGACAGUUGUGUGGAAUGGAGUUGUGGAGGAGCUCUCGAGGAUUGUGAUCGUCACGUCGCAGCUGCUGAGCGAUUCCCAUUGCUAUGUUUUGCGCUGCAUUCGUACUCAUGCGAAGAUCCAUCAUUUCGUUAUACUCUCUUCGAUCUCACAGGAUGCUCACUCGAACUGUGGAGAUACUCCGCUGGGAACCGAUGCUUUCACCGAGUACAAAGACCUCCUGCUCCAAGAUGUUCUCAAAGCUCUCACUCCCGACGAGAGGCUUGAGAAUUCAAGCGGUCCUUCUGUUACUGUGAAGCACUUGCCGAUGCUGUGCUGCGCAGUAACUCCGAGAGUGUUCGUGUUUCCUUCCUCCGCAGCGUUUGCCACGGCUCCUCUCAGUUCCAAAAGAGAGGUUUCGUUUCUAAGUCCCGGACUACCAGCUUACGACAAUGGUUUGGCUUGGGACGAGGAUGAGCUCCCUCCUGCCGGAGCUACACUUCACGCGCAUUUUCUCCAUGAUCUCGCUGGACAGCUCGAUCUGAAGUUCGACAUCUUCAGCUUGGGUCCACUGGCACAUCUGGUUGGCAAGCAGCUGACGGAGAUCUCUGGUGAUGGCUUCGGACGAGCUAAAAAGACUGCUGGCCUUCUGCUGUUGGACCGUUCUCUCGAUCUUAUAACACCCGCCAGCCAUGGAGAUUCGUUGGUUGACAAGAUCUAUUCGUUUCUUCCCCGUCAGACACACCAAGAAAGCACUGCUUCCGUCAAAAGGCCAUCAAUGGACGUUCGAAUACCGACAUUAGAGGAAGAAAAGUCCUUCGUCCUUGAAACCGGUGACGAGACAACUUAUGAAAUUGCUGGUUCACUUUGCACAGCGUGGGACUUCCAGGGAGUGAAUCGACUGGACAUACUAUUCGAGAAGAGAGCAAAGGACGGUGCUCUACUCGUCAGAAACUGGAUCCAGGAUAUCUUAAGGCAGGAACAUGAAGUGUCGGGAAAAUCGCGUUUGGUUACGAACUCCAAGGAGCUUUUCUCGUUGGCUACCACCUUGCUCAACAGUUCAGCUGGUUUGAAACAAGCGGGGCUUGUUCAACUGGGAAAGGCUGCUGCGGAAGUAACCACGGCAGCACGAGUUACACAGUGGGAGGCAUUUGCAAGUGCUGAGAGGGUACUCGGUAUCAGUGCUGCAGAUGGGAUUGAAACUCUUGCUUCUCAGCUCGGAGAUCUAAUCAGGCAAAGUACCUCGGAUCACAGCGUGCUAUCUCUGAGGGACGCCUUGACCAUACUCAUUGUGGGAUACGCGCUCGCUGGAGAAUAUAGUACGAAGGAAGGUGGUCCAUUCUCUUGGGAGGAGGAACGUAGCUUAAAGGAAGCAGUAACGGAUGCGAUUCUCAAAGGUCCAGCGGAACCGUCGCUGGACUUCUUGAAAGGCUUGGAGAAUGCACUUGAAAUGCACUGGGAAAAGGAAAAGACCAAGGCUCAAAAUCAGAUUUCCAGUCCCGAUGACUGGUCUGAAGAUCAAUGGGAGAGUUGGGAAGACAACGAUCAGCAAGAGUAUUCACAGAUGCAGCUGAAGCUGGAGUUAAACGACAGGAUCCAGGAACUAUUCAAUGCUCUACACAGAGUUGCUGCAGCGAGAACGCAUUAUCCACUGAGGGAGACACGCCUCCUUGGAACUCAUCGGGGAGUAAUCAACGAGCUUCUGUCGCUGGUAUUGUCAAACAGUGACAUCCCCGGAUUGAAACACCACUCCUCCACAGUCGGACGCUUUCUCAAAAGUGGACUGGGAAGGUUCGGCCUUGGACAGGCAAAACACAAGCUUUCCGACCACAAAGUUCUACUUGUUUUUGUAAUCGGGGGCUUCAACGCCGUCGAGGUGCGGGAGGCGAGAGCCUUGCAGGGAGAUUUCGAUGAAUUGUUGAUGGGAGGAACCACACUUCUUACACCCAACGCCAUGUUCGACCUUUUGCUGGGAUCCUGUCAUCUCUAACUCCAGGUGAAAGAAUAGUUUUGUGAAGUCCCAAGGUUGCUGAAAAAAAAGGAAUCUUUUUCUUGUUUUGA